CACUGUCUCAAGUAUUUCAGGACAGGACAACAACUGUGCAGGCACCAGACCUACGCUCCAAGACAAGACCUAAAUCUGACCUCUACGACCGACCACAAGGCCUCACAACAGAUCCAGGAGAGGGUUUGAGAGCGAGGAGGAAGCAAGGCCAGCCGCCGCCCUGAGCUGCCUGGCCCUGUGGCUCGUGAUGGAGUACUGUGACGGGGGCAGACUUGAUGAUGAAUCAGGAUACCCUCGCUCUCCAGAGCCGCCGGACCCCCCAAGAGGAACCGACAGUGUGGUGAAGCAGCUCUGCAAGCGCUGUGGCCAUUCCCUGCACAGCCUGGGCAUCACACAACACCUGGGACCUGAAGUCCGGACAAUGUGCUGGUGGUGUGAUGAUGCCCCCAGAGGAACCCAUCGUGAAGGUGGCAGACUUUGGUCUGAGCAAGAUGAGUGGGGGGGUGGUGGACGGAGAGCUGACCCGGCAGCACUUCUCCUCCACCUGCGGCUCUGAUUUCUACAUGGCUCCAGAGGUGUGGGGCGGACUCACCUACACGGCCCAGGCUGACAUCUUCUCCCUGGGGGUGAUGUUCUGGGCCGUCCUAGAGAGGAUCACCUUCCUGGAGGAGGGCGCCACGCAGGAGCAACUGGGUGCCUACGUGUGUAAGGGUCGCUCAGGCUGGCUGAUUCCUCUGGGGGAAGCUUUGUGGGAGAACAACAACCUCCAGCUGUGCAUCCCUAUGAAGUUUAAGAGAGCCCCCCCGCUGCCGCCCCCCCCCGGCCCGGCCAUGUGCACCCUGCUCUCAGACAUGCUGGCCUCGGACCCGGAUGCUCGGCCCCCGGCGGAGCAGCUGGAGGCCAGAGUGCGUUCGGCUCUGGAAGAGGACUCCCACUGACAGAGGGGCACUUAAGAGACCCCAGAGGCUGCUCCCAGAACAGCCACUACACGGAAAUAUGGACGGCGGACCCUCUGACGUGUGUAAGCAAUAGCCACUUAGCUGCUACAGGGAGGUAGGCAGAAGAAAUAUGUUUGAUGACAUUGGAUGGAAGGUGCUUUCCUUGUCACGGAAACACAAGCUCAAUGUCUAAUGUUCAGGAAACCACAGAAAGGGAAGUCCACGAAACACGCAAUGAUAUUCAAACAGGUCAAUAAAGAAAUCUGGAGGGAGUUGUUAUUCUAUGCUUAAUGUAAGCGCCAUGAAGCUUGACAUGGAAAAUCGAUUUUGGUGUUUACAUAUGGCUGAAAUUUCAAAUGAUUACUGCUGCGUUUUGUCAGGGUCAGCUGUGUUUCGGUGACUUCUGUCAGCUUUAUUUCUUAAUUAAGUUUGACAUUACUUGUAGAUAUUGAGCCUUUUUCUGUUGAAAAAUGCAGCUUACAUUAAGGUGUUUCUUGAUUUCUCAUAUAUUUUCACCACUAAUUGAUUGUUACAUGGAUCCACAAAUAAUAUUUGUAAUGCAUUCCAACACUGAUCUGUUAAUAAAUACUAUUGUGAAACGGAACA